UGGUUUCCUGUUUCUCACGGCAGUGGGCCCGGGGCCGAUUAAUAAUUUCACUGCGGUGUUCCUUUACGGCGACGCUCUCUUGAACGACGCCAUUUUGAAUCCCGUUAUGUUGUGAAGUUGUGUUUUGCGGAGUGGGGCUUUUCGCUGCCGUUCUGUGAAUGGUGGCUGGUAGUUUUAUUAGAACCGACAAAAUUUGCGAAAUAAUCGUCUUUCAUCACCUACUUUGCUCAAGAUUUUCGAUAAGUUGACUGGUUUUGCGUGCUAGAGGAGUGACGCCGAGGACGUCGCUUUCGGUCGAGUCCCUCGCUUGGUAAUCACGAUGGCUCUGGACGGGCAGAAGUUCUGUCUCAAGUGGGACGGAUUCCAGAGUAGCGUGACGUCGCUGUUCGACAACCUCAGGCAGGUGGAGGAGCUGGUGGACAUCACGCUCUGCUGCGAGGGCCACCAGGUGCGCGCGCAUAGGAUGAUGCUGUCCGUCUGCAGCCCGUACUUCAGGGAUCUGCUGAAGAACAAUCCGUGCCAACAGAUGGUAUUCUUCCUCAAAGACACCACGGCGGCCGACCUGAACGCGGUCAUCGAGUUCAUAUACAAGGGGAGCGUGAACGUGUCGCAGAGCCAGCUGGCCAGCUUCAUCAAGACGGCAGAGAUGCUGCAGAUCCGGGGCCUGAGCGGCGAGGAGGAUAAGGCGGCGCCGCCUCCGUCACCCCGCCGCACCCCCGCCGCACCUGCCACCGCUACGCCACCACACAAACGCCGCCGUAUCUCGGGUUCGGACACCAUCCCCCGCCGCUCGCCAGCUUCACCAUCUCAACGACCACGAACACCAACACCGCCACCAGGCGGACAACCGCUUCCACCACCGCCACCACCUCAACCAGCUACCCUACAAGAUCUCCCGCUUGAGCAGACACAACAUAUGGAUCACCAACCUCCACCGCCGCCUCAACACUCUACACACGCUCCGACGCCAGUGGCGGAGUCGGUUAAAGUCGAGAAGAUUGAUCUCACGGAAGAUGAAGAAGAGGCGAGUCUCGACUCGACGCUGUGUCAUGUAGCGGAGUAUGAAGGUGGUUAUGAUGGGUCGAACUCUGGAAUGGAACAGAUGCCCAUGCUGUCGGCAGACGCGUUAGGAGGAUUACCACCGCUGGGCGCCGGCCCGUCUCAGCCGGCACGCCCCCAUGGUCUACCUCACACCCCGGGCGGAGCCCAACCAGAGGACGGAUCAGGCGCAGAUCCAGCCAUCCUGUGCCCCAUCUGCGGUGUACACUUCACCCGUCGAGACUCGAUGCUUCGUCACAUCAAGAGGCACCCGAACUGGCGAGCUCACUGCGUUAGCGGGCGAGUGCACAGUUCGUCGAGAGGAGUUGGAUCUAGAUCGGGUCUAAGCUGGACUGAGAACGCUCAGGCGGUUCGUAGCGAAACUGGCGCGUCGAAGGUAGUCAGAAGAGUGAAUCGGUAUCGCGCAGCACGACGUGGAGUGUGUUAUAACCAGCAGGAUUUGGAUAAAGCCUGGGCAGUUCUUACCAGAGGCUGGUGGACGGAAAGAGUAGUGGGGAAGUAGGUGAUCCUUGAAGGCUACUGAGGAAAUAUGUGAUCCGCAUAGGCUUGAGAUUGUGAUGUAAAUAAGGCAUGACUUGUAGGCUGGUAUGUAGGCUAGUUAGUGGUAGGUAGACUGGCGCGCCUUGAGGGUCCUGGUUCUCACAAUCUGAGUUUUCACGGGUCUAGGAUCCUAGAGUCCAGAGUUUUUUUUUUCUUUUGCAAUUAGGCGAGGGUCUUGGCUGUCAUUAGUCAAGUGUGUUACUGGUCAUCCUCCAAGGGCUUUCAAUAUUCUUGGUUGAGAGUAACCAGGCUUCUUGUGUGCCUUCUUCAAAGGGCAUUGUUAGCCCUGAGCCGGGUCUUGUCAUCGGGCAGUGGUGUUCUUUUGUGCGCAGGUUCCUGAAUGCUACGCUGUGAAAAGUACUAAACUUCGGCUACAUGUGAUAUACACAGGCCUGUGAAUUAGUCAACCAUCUGUCAGGGAUAUUUGUCAUCAAUUUUGCGCUGUUGGGUGUGGCUUGUGAGCCAUAGUGAACGCGGCACUGUGGCGAUAAGUCACUUCGUUUAUAGUAUGCAUGUGGAAGGUUUGCAGUUUUAGUGUUUAGUUCAAUUUCGGUGUGACGAGUUUCAUUCUCGGUUAUUUGUAAAUUCGUUGCGAUUUGAUACAAAUCCUGUUAUGCACGUUCUUGUGGCAACGAGUUUCUCCGAUUUCACAAUUUUUGUACUUAAAAGUUUUAUGAGGAGACAGGAUCCUAAAUGUCGCGUUUGCUGCCUGUGGUGACAUUGGCCUACCAAAUGGCGAAUCUAGUUUUUUCUUUGUCAUAUGUUGUUGGCAAUUCUAACUCCCUUUGUCUUGAAGUGUUUGAACAUUGAAGUGAACAUUGUGAUUUAUACGCUUUGCAAGUUGUUCUAUUUGUCUGUAGCUUUUACUGUUCUGAUUGAGCUUUAACUUUUGCGUUGAACGUUCGUUGAAUGCGAAGAAUGUCGUUUUUUUUAAUAAAGGAGCCAUUUUCGUAUUGGUGUUAAAUAAGGUACAAAUGUAGGUGUUCUGCCUGAUUAGGUAUAGACAUGUUUCUGAGGCGUUUGGUGUUGCGCCAGGAGCCGCGCCUAACAGUUACAUUGUUACUUUGAAAUACUCAACUUUAACCGUAGCGCGAUUGUUGCAAACAUCUUACCCUCAGCACCAUCACAAAUCACAGAAAAAUCACAAAUGCCAA